AUGAUAGGGCCUGAAGCUAAUGCUCCAAAGCAACGGCGGCGGCAGCAACAACUACGGUCGCGACAAGCAGGUAAGCAGCAACCGCAGCAACAGGAGGUCAUGCGGCGACGACAACAACAAGCCGCGACGCAAGAACCCAAAAAACGGGCGGCUUCGCAAAGGCAACGACGCGUCACAUAUCAACGGCCGGAGCAGCAGCAACAGAAGGAACAGCGGCAAGCUCGUCCGCAGGGGACCGACGCACCGCAGCAGGCGCCCCCGGCGACGAGCCAACGAGAACCUUCCCGGGAUGAAGCCGAGCGGAUCUAUCACCGGCGGCUGCAUGCCCAGGCCCAACGUCAGCUAGCGGCCAUGUGGCGUGGCCAGGCCCAGGCCCAGAUCGCGGCCAUGCGACUGGCUGAAGCUCGCGCUCGGAGUCUGGCUUCACAUGGCGCACAGUCCCUACCCGGAGCACAAUCUCGGAUUGCCCCAGCGCAGUCCACGUACCCGACUGAUAGCAUGGCCGCUGCCGUGGCCGCCGCGAUAGCCAUCGCGGGGCCCCAUAACUUGCGACCCGUCGUGCCUCCAGCGUGCCUGCCUUCGGCGCUGUUAGCCUCCUCAUCCACGUCUGCUUCGACUCCUGUCCCUGCUGCUACUGCCCCGUCCCUGGAUCAUCCGGGGAUGACGGCGAACGACCAAGUGACUGGCAGUCCUGCGCCGUCCAGCUCGCCUUUCUCAUCCAACGCCGGAGCUGCGGUCAGCGGUGCACCUCCAGUUGCUGUGUCGUUGGCGAACGGACCGCCUGGCUCGUCUGAAUCUUCGGGUGCCCCUCCCCACGGGUAUGACGAUGGAAGGGGCUGGAACUCCAAAGCUCCCCGGGUCGAGAGAUCGGGUGCGGACGAAGACCGUGAGCCGAAGGAGGACCCGGAUAGUGUUAUGCAGGUGCUCAAGAGGUUGCUAGUGCUGAGGGAGAAGUGGGACGAGCCGGGCGCGAGAACGACCUUCUUGCUGGCGGCCGUCCGCAAGGUGGUAGCGACGGCCGUGACCUAUCCCUUUCAGAUCGCCAAGGCGAGGGUGCAGGUUUCGGCCGCGCCAGAGGAGAAAGGGAAGCGCAAGGUGAAUGGCAACAUCUUCGCGACGGUGCUGAGGACUGCGCGGGCAGAGGGCGGAAGGGCGCUGUAUGACGGGACUGCGGGCGAGCUGUUGAAGGGAUUUUUCAGCCAUGGCACGACUAUGCUGUCCAAGAAUGUCGUUCACCGACUGAUUGUACAACUCUAUUUUGCCAUCUUGGGUAUCUUGAGGCAGAACCCGCACUUGGGGUUGAGACUACGCGCAAGCGGUAGCUACAAGCUUCCUCGAUAUGGGGGGGGGGGGGGGGGCGAGGUCCGCCGAGGAGCACGCUAUGUUCAGAGUGUGGUUGGCUCGGGCCAAAAUGUUCCCACGAGUUGGUUGAGGGCGGUCAAGAAGGCGGGCUAA